ACACGUGCGUGAGUCACGAGGGAGAAGCAAACCAGCAAGCAAAGAAAAUUACAAAGAAACAUGAGUGAAGACGAAAAAGAAAUUGAUUUAGAGAGCAGUGACGACGCUGAUAAAAGAGCUCAUCAUAAUGCCCUAGAGAGGAAGAGAAGGGAUCAUAUUAAAGAUAGUUUUUCCCACUUGCGGGACUCCAUCCCUUCGCUGCAAGGCGAAAAGGCUUCAAGAGCUCAAAUACUAAAUAAAGCAACAGAUUACAUACAGUUCAUGAGAAAAAAGAAUCAUACGCAUCAGAUGGAUAUUGAUGAUCUAAAGAGACAAAAUAUGAUUCUUGAUCAACAAGUCAGAGCACUUGAAAARGCAAGAGCGACUGGUCAAUUUAAUGCAGAUGCAACUGCUGCUCUGCUGAGUUCACCCGAUUCCUUAUUAAGCAGCUCUCCUAAUCCUGAUUCAAUACUGGAUGGAUUGAAAGGUCCAAACUCACCUUUAGAUGGGUUUAAUGUGAAAACAGAAAACAACAAUACAGAUUCAGCUUCAGAUGAAGAGUAUUCAAAUAAAUCAAAGAGACGAAAAAGGGAUGGUUAAGAUAUUCAGUGUAGUUACAUGGAUUUUGUAAAUUUAUAGGAAAUUUGUUUUUUUUUUCUGUUUGUUUUUGUCAUCACUCACUCACCUUAUUUUACAGUGUUUACUGUAUUGAGUUAUCUCUUAUAAUUCAGAUUGCCAUUAAUGGAUCUCAUUUAAUCUUCCUACUGCCCAAUAUUCUAGGAUUUUCAUCAUAUCUAUGAUAAUGUGUCUAUAUUUUUUAGUUCUGGUAUUAUYAAAUAUCUAAUUUUGAAUUAUAUUUGGAGGAAUGGUGAUGCYUUUUAAGCACAUUGAAGCACUCUAUAGCUCUUUUAUUGUAAAUGUGAAUUUUAAGACUGGUUCUAUGAUCACAGAUGUGAUACACACUAGGUGUAUUCAAUAAGAGAACUAUAGUGUAUUAUAUAACUCCAUAAGUGGUAAAGUAACUUAAUAGAAAUCACAAUGAAAGGAAUCUGUUUAAUGCUAGCUAAAUAGCCUGGGUUACAUCUGGAAUUUMUAUCUAAUUUCCGUCUGACGGAAAUUAGUUAGAAAUUCUGGAUGGAAAUGAGMUAGAAAUUCUGGAUGUAACACAGGCUAAUGCUAGAGUGAACACACUAAAUAUAUAAAAUAUUUCUUAUUAAUACUAAAUAGUGUUGAUUCGACAAUAGAAACCAAAUCUAGUGCUAUUUUGCACAAUAUUUGUUUCAUGCAUUAAGUGUGUUCUCUCUAUAUUCUUAAUUUUAUCAUAGUCUAACUUAUAGCAUUACAAAUGCAUGUCUUUUAUAAUCACACUAUUUGUUUCUAUAUAAACAAGAAAAGAAAAACUCAUCUAUACUGGCUGGCUGUCAUAGAUAGAUAUUUUAGAAUGUUUUUACCAUAAUAUUAUUCUUUAACAAACAGGUGUUAUGUUGGGUGGUAAUCUCUUACUUGGUCUUGUGUACAUAAAUAAUUAUGCAGUCAAAAACUGGCAAUAAAGUGUCAUCUAGUAUAACU